AUGGAGUCUUCUGACCUAAUGCUAGAGGAUCUUCUUCUGGGGGUUACCACACCUGUGAGCGACAUCACCUCAGUACUAAGAAAGCUGAAGAUACUAAAGAAGGAUGGGUCUUGGCGUAUGUGUGUUGAUAGCAUGACAAUCAACAUGAUUACAGUAAAGUACAGGUUCCCAAUUUUUCACUUGGAUGAUAUGUUAGAUCAGCUGUCCGGGAAGUUUGUGGUAGUCUACUUUGAUGACAUCCUCAUUUAUAGCUCGACAUGGGCAUCAUAUUUUGUUCACCUUCGUGCUAUUUUUGAUAUGCUGAGGAUGGAGCGUUUUGUUGUGUCUACUGAUGGUGUUUAUGUAGAUCAAUCAAAAAUAGAGGCGAUCUUGAAUUGGCCUAAGAUAAAGACUUUAUGUGAUGAUAGAAGUUUCCAUGGAUUGUGGACUGAUAAGGUAGAAGCCAGCUUUCAAUUGGUCAAGAAAAAGAUGACAGAGGCUCUAGCUCUAGCAUUUUAUGACUUUGAAAAAGUGUUUGAAGUAAAUUGUGAUGCAUCUGAGGUUGGCAUUGGUGGCAUUCUGAGUCAAGAGAGGGAGUUUAUUCUUGUUAUCAAUUAUGAAACCCUAAAGUACAUCAAUGGUCAACACAAGCUAAAUACAUUAAGCUGUCACACACGACUCCUCACCACCAUGAGCACUAGAGUUGUAGGAUUUGAGACAUCUCUUGAUAUGUAUGCUGCAGAUUCUUCUUUUGGGAAGAUAAUUUAG